ACAGCACAUCUACCAGAAACAUUUGGGGUCCUUCGGUUUCACGUGUGCUGCUGUAGCAUCGUGAGGGAAAGCCAUGCCGAAAUCAAAGAGGGAUAAGAAAAUUUCUUUAACAAAAACAGCCAAGAAGGGUCUGGAGUUAAAACAGAAGCUUAUAGAAGAGCUAAGAAAAUGUGCAGAUACAUACAGAAACCUCUUCAUAUUUUCUGUUGCCAAUAUGAGAAAUAACAAAUUAAAAGACGUGCGAACAGCGUGGAAGCACAGCAGGUUCUUCUUUGGCAAAAACAAAGUAAUGAUGGUUGCUCUGGGCAAAAGAGAUACAGAUGAGUAUAAAGAUAAUUUGCAUAAGGUGACAAAGCAUUUACGAGGAGAAGUGGGUGUGCUAUUCACAAAUAAAACUAAAGAAGAAGUGCAGGAGUAUUUCAGUCAUUUUAAAGAGACAGAUUUUGCACGGGCAGGAAACCAAGCUCAGAUGGAUGUAACUCUUGAUGAGGGGCCUCUGGAACAGUUCACUCACUCAAUGGAGCCACAGCUAAGACAACUGGGACUCCCCACUGCUCUGAAAAAAGGGGUGGUGACACUACUGAAGGAUCAUGAAGUAUGCAAAGAGGGGGAUGUAUUAACGCCAGAGCAAGCACGGAUACUGAAACUGUUUGGCAUUGAAAUGGCUGAGUUUAAGGUGCAGAUCAAAUGCAUGUGGAACUCUGAGACGGGUGAAUUUGAGAGCUUUGGUGCAGAGGAAGAGUCAGUUCAGGAGAACGAAGAGGAUGAUGAGGAUGAAGAUGAUGCAGAGUGAGACCUCUGCAGAGACUGUUAUUGUCUGGUUUUGUUUGAUCCGCCUGGCCGCUGUUUAUGGACAUUACAUUGAAUAUGACCAGACUAUUCUCUUCCCCUUUCAAAGUUUGUACAAAACUUGCCAAUUUACAGUUGAGAUAAACUGCUGUUUAUCAUGAAUUUUUUAUUUGUACUGAUGUGUGGAUCAGUAAACAAGUGUUUAAAAUGA